GGCAACCUGUUCCAGUGCCUCACCACCCUCUGUGUGAAAAACUUCCUCCUAAUAUCCAACCUAAACAGAUCCAGGGCCAUGGCUUGUCACUCCCUUGCUUUAUUUUAGAGUCUAUCUUAGUGAUAAAUGUUGUAAAAUAAUAAUUUUCUGACAAAAAGGCAAAGUGGGGCUGCUCACUGCUGCCCUGGCAAGGAGAUUGUUGCCCUGUUUGUUUCACAAACAUGAUUUUUUAAACAUGAUUUUUUGUCUUUGUUCUUUUUUGGGGACAGCACUUUCUAAUUAGGAGCCUUGUGCUUUUUCAUCACUGUGUGAAUUUAGUACUGGAAAUAUUCUUGGAACACAAGUAGAAAGCUAUGAGGGCUUUGCCUGGGUGUAAUCAAGACGCAUAUGCUGUUUUAUACUGCUGCCAACUGAAGAAAAGCAGAAGUUCCUGAUGUGCAUUAUCUAUUGUGAAGUGCUCUAAGAUUUCCUCCACAAAAAUCCAGAUUUGAUAAGCAAUUACCAAUCUGUAAUUCAGUGUCCCAGUUACUGCAACCAAAAGAUACAAUGGAUUACACAGGUAGGAUCAAAUCCAGAUGCCAGGAGUUGCAGCAUGCAGUAGAUUUGCAAUUUGGCUCCUCUGUCUUCAUGCAAGCAAGAAAUAGAAGCUUGAUUUUAUCUUUGUGUUUCCUUCUCUUCUCUGCUCCUUUGCAACGAGGACAGUGAGGCACUGCACAGACUGCCCAGAGAGGUGGUGCAGACACCCAAGGUCAGGGAAUGGGGCUCUGAGCACUGAUGGAGCUGUGGGUGUCCCAGCUCAGUGCAGGGGUUGGACCCGAUGGCCUUGAGGGUCCUUCCCAACUCCAACCAUUCUGUGGUUCUUUGAUUCUAUGGAAGUUGCUGGUAGCUUCUUGCAGGAGAAUAGUGGUCCAUGGGGCACAAGAGGGUGCUGUGCUCUCAGCAUACAGCAGCUGGCUCCUUCUAUAGUCAUAUAGGUUACUGUAUCUGACAUACAAAUGAAAGAUUAAAGAGGUAAAGCUUUAAUAUCUCAUUAGAUAGAAGGCUUUUCAGAAUCUCCUUUGUGCUGUGCAAAAUUGCCUGAGACGUCUGGCAAGCGAGUGAAGCUUCGAAAAGAUUAAAGAGAAUUUCUUUUCUGCGAGCGAAACAGAUGAGGUAUAAAAGUAAGCGAUAGCUGAGAAAGGAAUAGACAUAAACUGACAAACUGCAAUGGGAAAUGUUACACAGAGAAAAACGGGUCUGGGAGAAACACACAGAAAUCAGAGGUGGCCAGAGGGAGGUGUCAGACCUCAGCAGGUGCUGGUGGCAGCAGUGCUGCAGCUCCUCAGUGCUGGCACCUUGCACUGUCUGCAUGGCUGCUCUGCGAGCAGGGCUGGCUGCUGGCAAACCUACAGGGUGUCCAGCCCAAAAUAAUCAUCGUCAGUCUCCUGCAAACAUCUCAGACAGGAAAGCUCCACAGAUUCUCUGGAGAAAUUGCAAACUGCAUACAGGCAUGCAGCGUAGCUGUGCUGGUAGUGUGGCUUACGGUGCUUCUCCUGUGUCAGCAAGGACACACGGGCAGCAGGAAGGUCCAUUUCUUACAGAAGGGAGUUUGAGCAAGGGCUGCAAGGCAGGGAAGUUCGGUCUUGUUCCCACCUCUGUCACUAAUAUGUUCUUGGAUCUUUCACAGAUUGUGCCUUGCUGUCUGUAGUCUCCCAUCUGUGAAACAGGCAUAAUAACACUGAGACAUCUUUGAAGAGAAAAUGUCAGGAUCUGAUUCUGUGUGCUUCACAAGGAGAAAAAUAAAGGUCUGCACAGAGGGACCCUUACAUCCUGCAUAUGGAUAACUUCACCAAGAUCUGUCUUCUGUGUGAAGUUAAGCAUGUUAUUACUGCAAGACAUCAGGUCAGUUGUGCUUACUGACAGGUGACAGGAACAGCUUUAUCUCUGACCUAAGGACUUAAUUGAGUUAGAGAAGGGCAGAAAAGUAGUUAAUCACAGCAGAAGUGUUUGCACAACGUGGCAUUCACAGGUUACAAGGCAUCAGUUCUGCAUGAGGAUCAGCAGUUGCAGUUAGCUGGUGAUGCAGAUUCAUGGAGUGAAUCCUGAGCACAAGAGGUAUUUUGCAUCUUGUUCAUCUCAGUAUUUUAAAUCAUCAUCACAGGUGUUUGAUAGGACUUGGCCCCUGUGAUUCAGAGAGGCAGCAGCAAGUGCUCCCUUGGCUUCUGACCCUUACUGUUCCUUCUUUGUGCCCACCCCAACAUUCUUUUCUAAGUUCCCUUUUACCAUACUUCCACACUGGGCCACAUUCAGCUUAUGCUGUGUACCUUUAUCCUGAAUGAAAGAUGCUCUGAAUUGUUAUGAAAUGACCUUAAAUCAGAAUCACCAUUUUCUCUUUGACCUAGCUGAAGAUCUGAGCCAGUAUGUGCUGCUGUUUGUCCUGAAGGACGUUCCUAAUGCCAUCGAAGAAAGUAGCUGCCCUGGUCAUUAAAAUAGGAAACAAACCACCCUCAUUCCUGAGACCAGAUUCUUUGCUGCCACAGAUAAUGCUCCUUGGUUAAAAGAUAAAUGAGAUAAAUGAUAAAUUAGGUAAUGUUAAUGUCCUUGCUCUAAGGGCUGAGAAGGCAUCCAGGUACAGCUUCUGCUCCUUGCCUUUGGUUCCCCCUUGCUGUCCUUCUGCUGCCUCUUUAGAAUCAAAGAGAAAAGAGUGCAUAGCAGGCAGCUGGGUGCUUGCCACCCCUCACCUGCAUUUCUGGGGGUAUCACUGUGAUGUGAUUUCCCAUCUGCCGGAAUAUGCAGCAAAUAUGCAAACAGGCUCUCAGCUUUUUUUAGCUCACAAAAGCAAGGGAGUCCUUUGAAAGGUCCUCGGUUUUACCCAAUCAUCGCUCCCUCCCUCGCAUUGUGCAGCAUUAUCAUUCUCUGGCAGUGUAAAUCCUCACAUAUGCCUGCCUCCCUCUUGCCUUCAGCCUCUCCCUCCCUCCCCCUCCCCACCGUGCUGCCAUCGGAUCUGUGAUGAUAUGUGAUCUCCUGGAUACAAUCACACACACACACAAGUACCAGGCACCGCUGCUCAGCUCAGCAAAAUGUCUUUCUCGUAGAAGUGGUGCUCAUCAUCACAGCUUCCGAAUCCUUGACGAUGUGGCCAUGCUUUCCUUUCUGCCUUCUACCUUUUUCUGUCUUUGUCUGCCUGCUCUUCUUACCCACGGGUCAUCUUUGCCCUGCUGUCUGUAGCUGUAUGGACUACCACACCAUAGACUGCCGGGAUCAAGGACUCCCCAGUGUUCCCAAUCCAUUUCCAUUGGAUGUACGGAAACUUCUUAUAGCCGAUAACAACAUCCAGGCGAUACCAGCUGAUUUCUUUAUAUUUUAUGGAGACCUGGUCUAUUUGGACUUCAGGAACAACUCCCUCACCUCUUUAGAAGAGGGCACUUUUAGCAGUUCUACCAAACUGGUGUAUUUAGAUUUAAGCUACAAUAAUUUAACACAGCUUGAAGCCGGGAUAUUCAAAUCGGCAGAAAAACUGAUAAAACUCAGCUUGGGAAACAAUAACCUGGUGGAUGUGGACGAGGCUGCUUUUGAGAACCUGGAACAGCUGCAAGUGUUAGAAUUGAAUGACAAUAACUUACAGAGCCUAAACGUGGCAGCCCUCGAAGCACUUCCCUCCCUGCGGACGAUACGCCUGGAGGGCAACCCGUGGGUCUGUGACUGUGACUUUGCCAAUCUUUUCAGCUGGAUCCAGGACAAUGCCUCUAAGCUCCAGAAAGGUCUCCAUGAAAUCCAGUGUUCCCUGCCUGUAGAAAAUAGAAGAAUCUUUCUGAAUGAAUUGUCUGAGGUCAGCUUUAGUGAAUGCAAAUUUAGUUUGUCAUUGACGGACCUUUUUAUCAUCAUCUUCUCUGGAGUCGCAGUCUCCAUUGCUGCAAUUCUAUCAAGCUUCUUCCUAGCAACUCUAGUGCACUGCUUCCAAAGAUGUGCUCCCAGUAAAGAUGACGAUGAUGAUGAAGACGACAGUGAGGACUGAACUUAGUCUGUACACUUAAAUUUCCUUGGUUUAUAAAUUAAUGAUAGAUCAGCAGCCAAAGUCUAGGAAGAAAACCAAACUACAAGUUUUAGACAUGAUUAGAUUAAAAGGUUCCAUACUGAUUUCAUGAAGGUCACAGGAAGGAAUCACAGUUUGCAGCUGAGACUGUUAGUGUUACUUGCAUAUGUAACCUGAUGCAAUGAGAGCAGAUUAAUUUCUGUCAUCAUUAGUCAAAUGUUGCAUUUAAAUUUGGAGGCCAGAAGGAAAAGGGAGAAAGGAGAAAAAAAUAAAAAUGUUCCAGUGUUUUCAAAGACUGCCAGCUUCCACACUGUCCUUCUGAGCAGAUGCAGAUCCUGUAAGCACUUUGUAGCUUGUUUUAAAUGUGCACUUGGAAAAGGGCUGGCUAGGGGGAGGCAGCUCAGCUGGAAAUCUGGAUGCAAUUUAAGAGUGUCUUUCCUACAGUGAAUUAAUGGGAGAUUCUAGUAAGCUCACACAACUUCCUGAGUACCAAAACACAGUUAAAAGGAUUCUUAGAACUGUGGAAAGCAUAGGAAGGUUGGUGGUUUCUCUCCACGAGUCUUCUCUCUAAAUACGCAUCCUUCUUUCAAUGACUGACAGCAGUUGCAGACAUUCAGCCAAAAUUUCCUUUUCUACAGGCAAAAUGUGGUUGUGGAUCUGAGUCAUCCACUGCAGCUGCCUGACACCUCUUUGGCUAUGGCAAAAAUACGAACCAUAACGUUCUUCUGCAUUUUCAGUUGCAAUGAAAUAAAGGAAUUCCCUUCUAUGUAAUGCUAGGCACAAGUAAUUGUUGCAGUGUUCAGCCUGUUUAGUUAUUUUAAAGCACUAAGGGCUAUAUUCUGCUUCUGGUUAUGCUAAACUAGGUGAAGUGAACACCAUUAUCCUAACUGCAUAAACAAGAGUGGAAUCUGGCCCAAGAUACUUCUGACUGUAUUAUAGAUUUGUCAAAACUUGAGCUCUACUAUAUUAUAUUAGUUAUUUUUGUUAAAAUGAAAAAGAAAAAAAAGACAUUUAUUACAAGAGAUUUUUGGAAUAGUGCUGGACAGCUUUUUAGGAUAAGUAUAUUUUUAAAAUAUUUGUAAUGGAAAUAUUUUUUUAAAGCUCUGUGUAUUUCAGAUAUUAUCUAGAAUAGCUGGGAGGGCUUAAGGUAAGAAAUAAUAUAGUAAUAAACAAUCUAAGGACUGUAUGCUAUUACAAAAGAGCUGAUUAACAUAGCAUCUAUUUAACUAUUGCAAAUGCUAUAGUAUUUCUUAAAAGAAAAACACUCUGGUUAUAAUAUUGCCUUGCUCAGUUAAUAUGAGUGGUCCUUUAUGGACACUUGGUUCCAAAUGUCUUGUAUCAGUUGUGCUAAUUGCUCAGGCAGACAGGAGCACAUUGCACUGCGUGGUCCAAUGGUGCAAGGUUAGGGCUUAGGGCACCUGGCUGUUGUUCUGAUCCUAGAAGACUUUCAGCAAUUCAUUCUUUCUGUCUGUGCCUCCAUUUUUCCACCUAUAUAAUGAAGGUAAUAGUAAAUAUUUAUCAUUUUAAAGUGCUUUGAGAUAUGCAAAGAGGGGGCACUCUAUUGGGGCUAUAUACAUCAGGCUGAAGCAGAAGUUCCAUAGAUCUAAUGUGAUCCAUAUCAGUAUGGCUUUGCUGGCUUCAGUGGAGUUACUCCAUUGGCUCACAGUGUUUGCAAUGGGGUUUGCACCACGCUGAGGUUAAAACCAGGGUGAGAGUGUUUACUUCUGUUAGCUCUGCAGCUUAUUCAGUGUGACUUAAUGCUGCCAUUGUUAACAUUAUUACUUCUAAAAAGACAUUGAAACAGAAUGAAGUGGGACAGUGAGAGGAUAUUCUGUAUCAAUACUGUCUUCUGUUAUUCUUUCAAGACAAAUGCAAUGACAUGAUUUUCACUGUGUAGUGCCAUGUUUCAAAAUAACACAAAUAUAUUUCUAAUUUCAACAUGGGCUUUCAUGUUUAUUUGUAUGUGGGUAUGAUAAAGAAAAAAAACAACGUCUGAUUCUCUUAUUAAAAGGAGAUAUUGUGCAGUAUGGUUGGAAAUACCCAACUUGUUGCCUGGUAGAGUUCAUGCAGCACACUCCCUGUGCAACAAAUAUGGAUAUGUUAUCAACAGUUUUAUAUUUAGAGCUGUGCAAAUUGUUCAGUGGUGGAACAAGAAACUGGGUCACACCUUUUUGGCUGCAAGUUUUAUUAUGGACUCAAAGCUUGCAUCCAUUUAACACAGUGAUCUGUCCUACUGAGCCUUCCAGUGAGACACCAGUGAAGGUUUCAGCACAUUUGUACCUUUCCUUUGGUCACAAAUACAUGGUUUUGCUUCAUUAUCCUGUAAGGCUGACUAAUUUUGCAGAGGUCGCAUCUCAAACUCAACUAUUUUGACUGGCUUCUGCUC